AUGCCAGCACCACCUGAAUUUCUCUCGUAUGUUGACAAGAACGAGGAGAAUUUCAUCAGGCGUCUUUCAGAGGCUGUUGAAAUCCCGAGUGUCUCGGGCGACCCAUAUCGCCGUCAGGAUGUCGUUCGUAUGGCCGAUUUCCUUGAGAAUCAGCUCAAGUCGUACGGCGUAGAAACCAAGCAGAUGCCCCUUGGGAAUCAUGUCAUGGAUGGACAAGAGCUCGAACUCCCUCCAGUGAUUCUGGGACGCAUCGGGAACGACAAGAACAAGAAGACGGUCUUAAUAUAUGGCCACUUCGACGUUAUGCCCGCAGAGCUCUCUGAUGAUUGGUCAUACCCACCCUUCAAGCUCACAUACGACAAGGAAAGCGGUCGUCUUUAUGGUCGUGGAUCCUCGGACGACAAAGGUCCUGUUCUCGCCUGGAUAAACAUCCUCCAAGCCCACCACGAACUGAGCAUGCCACUUCCUGUCAACCUUCGAUUCUGUUUCGAGGGCAUGGAAGAGAGUGGGAGCAUAGGCCUAAAUGACCUAGUUGUCUCUGAAGUUGGAAAAGGAAAGGAUGGAUGGUUCGACGGCCUUGACUGUGUAUGCAUUUCGGACGGCUAUUGGCUCAAUACUCGCACGCCUUGCCUCGCCUACGGUCUUCGUGGAAUUUCCUAUGUCAAAAUGACCGUCCAGGGCCCCGCGAAGGAUCUUCAUUCUGGUGUAUUUGGUCGGACAGUCCACGAGCCCAUGACGGACCUUAUUCUUCUUAUGAGCAAGCUUGUGGACACUCAGGGUAACAUCCUCAUCCCGGGUGUGGACGAGAUGGUUCCCCCGCCUGACGAAGAGGAGAGGGCCAUUUAUGAUAAGCUUGACUAUUCUGUUCAGGAUGUCGAGGAGGCCGCUGGGGCCCCUGUCGCGCUCAGCGAUGAUAAGUCAAGCGUUCUCAUGGGUCGCAUGCGUUAUCCCGCUUUGUCCCUUCACGGCAUUGAGGGUGACGCUGGUUCCAGAACCGUCAUUCCUGCUAAGGUGUCAGGCAAGUUCAGUAUUCGCCUCGUCCCGCCGCAAACGCCGGAGAAGGUGUACUCGCUGAUAGUCAAACACGUCGAGGAAGAGUUUAAGAAACUUGGAACGAAGAAUAAACUUACUAUCGAACAGUUGCACGGCGGCAAGGGCUGGGUCGAGAAUCAUAAACACUGGAAUUACGAAGCUGCUAAGCGGGCAACAGAGCUAAUUUAUAAGAAAACUCCCGACCUUACGAGGGAGGGAGGAUCCAUUCCAAUCACCUUGACCUUUGCGGACGCACUCGGGGUGAACAUCCUUCUUCUGCAGAUGGGUAGGGGCGACGAUGGUGCUCACUCGACAAACGAGAAGCUCGACAAGUCAAAUUUCAUCGAAGGCGUAAACAACUCGUCAUGCUUCCCAUUCAUAACCAAGCUGCUUGGAACGUACCUCUACGAGGUCGCCGCCAUUGCGAAGUAA